UUACGAUUUAAUUUUUAAUCAUAUUCCCGACAGGGUUUUGUUGUUAGAUUGGUUACUGGUGUUAUACAAUAGUGAAACAAUGGACACUGAUAAUGAAGACAUGAUAAUAACUGUCAGAAUGUUGAUGAUUGGUAAGGAAAUCGGAGGGAUUAUCGGCAAGGCUGGAACAAAUAUCGCAAAGUUUCGAAGUGAAAGUGGUGCUCGAAUCACUAUUUCAAGUGAACAGUCAGUUCCUGAGAGAAUCGUCACAAUCACUGGUGGCCGUGGGCAGAUACACAAAGCUGUUGAAUUAAUCGCUGGAAAAAUGCAUUCGGACAUUAAUUCUGGGCUUUCCAAUUGUGCAACAAACACUGUUCCUGUCACAAUUCGUCUCAUUGUCCCAGCAAGUCAAUGUGGUUCAAUAAUUGGCAAGGGUGGUGUAAAAAUUAAAGAAAUAAGAGAUACAACAGGUUGUGCGAUUCAAGUUCAAUCAGAAAUGCUUCCUAAUUGUUCAGAAAGGACUGUCACUUUGAGUGGUGCUCCUUCCACAAUAUUACACUGCAUAGAUAUGCUGUGCGAUGUAAUGAUACAGUAUCCAGCAAAAACAGCCACUGUCCCGUUUAAACCUGAUGUCGGAAAUCCAACCUGUAUCUUCCACCAAGGAAAAACAUACAUGCUUCAAGGUCAGAAUUUACUCUUGGAAAGUCAGGAACAGCAGCACCUGAUUUUUGUUGCAAUGCUUAUACUUAAUGUGUGCACCUUAAAACGAAACAUUCAGAUGAUUUUUGCAAGAAGCAGUGGAAAUCAUCAAUAUACAGAUGGAAAUUGUAAUCAUUUUACCAUGGAUGCAGCAGAGGAUAUUGAGGAUUUACCUUGCCAUUCUGUUAACAUAGAAGCAAAUUUUCCAGCAAGGUUGAUAAGUUGUAAUACUCAGGAACUUACAGUUGGAAAUGAAUUCAUGGGGUGUAUUAUUGGAAAAGGUGGAUCUCGUAUCAAAGAGAUUCGAAUGUUAUCUGGUGCUCAAAUCCAGAUAAACAAGGUAGAAAAAGAAGAUGAGAGUGUUGAUCGUAAGAUUACAAUUCAAGGAUCAGCAGAGGCAAUAAGCUUAGCUUACUAUCUCAUUACUUUAAGUGUCAACAUGUUCAGUGGAGACAAAUGGCAAACAGAAUCCAUGCGGGGUCAGCGCGACUUCGGUCCCACAGGAAGUCUUCUCGGCCAACCGCCAGCUACUGGCGUAUUCGGUUCUGUAUCAGUGCCGUUCGUUGGACAAGGAUCUCCAAUCAACGAGUUCAAUGCUUCUAUGAUGGCAGCACGUAGAGCUCUGUUGUCGUCUAACAAACCACGUACACAGCUGACAAGAAAUCGGCCUCGAGUUAACAGCUCUUCCCGAUCAGACACGACAGAUUCAGACUUGAAUGCUAAAGGCGAACUAAGAAGUACGUCACCGAACGGAAAGGAGCGACGAAAGACGAAGCGAGAAAAGUUUCAACCGUACUAAAAUAAAUUCAAAAACAUUUUGUACAGUU